UGUUACAGAACUUAAACUUGAAAUGGCAAAGUUUCUGGUUUUGAUCAUAUCUUUAACCUUCUAUUGUCCGAUUCCGUUAGAAUCUGUAAUUAUAUGGAACAAUUACCAAAGAAUUUUUCCCCACCUAAACGAGACAAGUUGUACAAAAAACAAGGAAAAUAUGAAAAACGUAGUUUUGCAAUAUUUAAACACGACAAACAAAAUUGCUCAACAACGAGGCAGCUUGAUAACACAAUCAAUUGAACAUGUCAGGAGACUAAAAGACGAGUUAACUAAAUCUAAACUUAUUAAUCAACAACUAAUAGCAGAACAACAAACCAAAAACAUAGAUCUGGAGCGAAGUAUGAGAGAGGCAUUCGCUGAAAAAGAUGCGCAGAUUCGCAACUUAACAACCAAAGCUAGGGUCACACAAGCUGAGCUAGAGCAAACGAAAACUGAAAAAAAAAAUUUAGAAGAUAAUUUGAAACGUUUGCGAAUUCAAACUAAAAACUCCGACGACAAAAUAAUUUUACUGGAAUCAAAAUUAAGAACAUUUGAACAAAAUAUUACUGAGCAUCAAGAAAAUCUGAAAAUAUGCAAACAAAACAUAAGCGAAACUGUAAAUAGAUCUGCACUAAAUGAAGAGAGAGUUAAACUAGAUACCAAAGUGGACAAAGUGAAGAACAAUUGUACUCAUCCUGGCCAUUUAAAUGUAAUAUCGCUCCCUAACCAGGAGACUUUCCAAGUGCCGUGCACCGUGGUCGGGUCUAAUAAUCAGGUCUGGAUAAUUGUCGAGCGUCGAUUGGAUCACAAAAUAAGCUUUAAUCGUCGCUGGGAGGAAUAUGCACAGGGCUUUGGUAACUUCAGCACUGAAUUCUUCAUUGGACUGCAAAAGUUGCACCUGAUGACAUCGUCUCAGCCGCACGAGCUCUUGAUACGAUUAGACAAUGGCCAGAGAAUAAAAAGCGCAUCUUACAGCCACUUCCGAAUUGGGAACGAGACUGAGGGCUAUGCAUUAAAGUCACUUGGCAAAUACGCGGGAGACGCUGGCGACGGAUUGGGAGAGAGCUUGAAUCAAAAGUUCAGCACUUUCGAUGUCGACAAUGAUCUAAUUGACGGCGUUAACUGCGCCAAGGAUUCCAAUGGAGGGUGGUGGGAAACAGGUUGCAGCAAAUCUAAUCUGAACUUUUAUAUCAGAAGCAACUUGGUCCUCUGGAACAAUUUUCUCGACUCCGUACAUUCCGUUGAAAUGCUGAUACGUCCAGCAAAUAGCGAUCACAAUUGAAAAUAUAAAACUAAAUU